GGAUAAAAGGAUAAUAGGAAAUGCGAUCGCUCCCUUCAUGCUUGAAAGAGUAAAACAACUAACUGGAGGAUCUUCCUUGGAAGCUAAUAUUGCACUUGUUAAGAAUAAUGCUCUUAUUGGUGCGAACAUUGCUGUUGCCCUGUCUAAUCUUCAGCAAAGAGAAAUGAACA